AUGGCGACCAACCGACACUCAGCGGCUCAGCAGCUGCUCCCGGGGCCCGGCCAGGCCGCCUCCUCCUCCUCCAGCGCCGUCGCCUCGGGGCCCGCAGCCACGGCCUCCAGCUCGGCCUCCCCCGCGCCCUCCUCCUCCUCGGCGGGGAGCAGCAGCCGCGGGCCCGGUAGGGCGGCCGGCGCUGGGGCAGCGGGAGCGGGAGGCGGCCGUAGGCGGCCUCUGCUCAACGGCCUCGUCAACUCGUACGAGGACAAGAGCAACGACUUCGUCUGCCCUAUCUGUUUUGACAUGAUUGAGGAGGCCCACAUGACGAAGUGUGGCCACAGCUUUUGUUAUAAGUGUAUCCGGCAGAGUCUAGAGGUCAGCAACAGAUGCCCAAAGUGCAACUAUGUGAUCGACAACAUAGACCAGCUUUACCCCAACUUUCUAGUUAAUGAGCUCAUCCUCAAGCAGAAGCAGAGAUCAGAUGAGAAGCGGCUGAAGCUGGAACAUCCAAAUGGCCACAGGUGGCAAGCGAUUCAGGAUGUGCUGAUCACAGACCAGGACAGUCUGGAUCUGGCUAACGUUAACCUCAUGCUGGAUUUCAUCAUGCAGAAGAAGCAGCAGCUGGAGAUGGAAUCACAAGCAGCCCAGUUGCAAAUUCUAAUGGAGUUUCUUCAGGAAGCAAAGAGGAAUAAAAAAGAGCAACUGGACCAAUUGCAGAAAGAGCUUAAUGUUCUUGAAGAGGACAUCAAGCGAGUAGAGGGGCUGAUAUUCACUGAGAGGACUGGCCUGCACUCUCCCAUCAGUGAGCUGAUCCCCCAACAGAACUUGGACAGCACAGUGCCACAGUUUGAAGCUCCAUCCCCAUCACACAGCAGUAUUAUUGACUCCACCGAGUAUAACCAGCCCCGGGGGUUCAGUGGGAGUUCCCAGGGAAAGAGACAGACAUGGUAUAACAACACACUGGCGUCCCGGCGGAAACGCUUGACUGCGCACUUCGAGGACCUGGAACAGUGUUAUUUCUCCACCAGACUCUCUCGUAUCUCUGAUGAGACUAGAUCAGCAAAUCAACUGGAGGAGUUUCGGGAAUGUCUGUCGAAGUUUACACGGUACAGCUCAGUCAGGCCGCUCGCCACUCUGUCCUACGCCAACGACCUGUAUAAUGGAUCCAGCAUCGUGUCAAGUAUUGAAUUUGACCGAGAUUGCGAUUUCUUUGCUAUCGCUGGGGUGACGAAGCGGAUUAAAGUGUUUGAAUACGGCAAUGUGAUCCAGGACGCAGUGGACAUCCACUAUCCAGUCAACGAGAUGACCUGUAACUCGAAAAUCAGCUGUAUCAGCUGGAGUAGUUACCAUAAGAACCUCUUAGCCAGCAGUGACUAUGAAGGUACAGUCAUCCUGUGGGACGGAUUCACCGGACAGAGAUCCAAAGUGUAUCAGGAGCAUGAGAAGAGAUGUUGGAGUGUAGAUUUCAAUCUAAUGGACCCCAAACUCCUAGCUUCUGGGUCUGAUGACGCUAAAGUGAAGCUGUGGUCCACAAACCUGGAUAACUCAGUGGCGAGUAUCGAAGCCAAGGCCAACGUUUGCUGUGUUAAAUUUAGUCCCACUUCAAUGUACCACCUCGCCUUUGGCUGUGCAGACCACUGUGUCCACUACUAUGAUCUUCGAAACACUAAGCAACCAAUCAUGGUGUUCAAAGGACAUCGGAAGGCUGUGUCUUACGCAAAGUUUGUGAGUGGAGAAGAGAUUGUAUCAGCCUCCACGGACAGCCAGCUAAAGCUCUGGAAUGUCAAUAAACCUCACUGCUUAAGAUCAUUUAAAGGACAUAUCAACGAGAAGAACUUUGUGGGCUUGGCAUCCAAUGGGGAUUAUAUUGCCUGUGGCAGUGAAAACAAUUCUCUUUACCUCUACUACAAGGGUCUGUCGAAAACGCUGCUAACCUUCAAGUUUGAUACAGUGAAAAGCGUGUUGGACAAGGAGAAAAAGGAGGAUGAUACCAACGAGUUUGUUAGUGCCGUGUGCUGGAGGGCUUUACCGGACGGGGAAUCAAAUGUACUAAUUGCUGCAAACAGCCAAGGCACAAUAAAGGUGCUGGAGCUGGUAUGAGGAGUGGAUCACUGCGAGCGUGUGAGUGUCGACACAGAGACUUCCUCCUGGGAUACGUUCAAUCCCCUCGCCUGGUAACGCUCCCUCCCAGAUACCCUCUCAAUGUGGCUCUGCACCAGCACAGCACAGUCCAAGCUAACACUGCAGUGUGGCUCGCCUGGUAACCUUCCCUCCCAGAUACCCUCUCAAUCAUGGCUUCGUACCAUCACAGGACAGUACAGUACAGGCCAACACUGCAGUGUGGAGGGAAAGCGGAGAGAGAUUGAUGCUCCUUGGUCCAGACUUUUCACAGACUCUGACUCUUUACGAACUCUCAACCAUUGGAAAUCUUUUUUUUAAACAAACAAA